ACUAUCCGUAAAUAUCACCAGAAACUAAUUUGCCAUAAUAGGCCAAAAUGUCAAAAAACAAAUCCAUUUCAUGUUUGGUUAUUAUCACUAUCUUUUGCCUGUUAUUCGUAACCGAUGUCGAUAGUCAAAGUUUUCCUGCCAGUUUAUUUAAAUCAUGUUGUUAUUAUGUAACGAUUCGUAAUUGUACGGGCAACAAUGAAGUAUCGCAUCUAUGUCCGGAUUGUACCAAACCCACACCAUUUUGUGGUGAAAACAGAUGCAACAUUUUUGGCUGUAAUUGUGAUUCAUGUCGACCACAAAAAGAACAUACAACAAUUGUUGGUAUGGCCACUUGGUUAACUGAACAUUUUUGAAAUUCGAAUUAAAAAAUUAACAAAGCAAAUCAA